AUGAACAGAAAUGCGAAAAACGUGGAACCACAACACCUCAUCUCACCAUCGUCCGGCCACCAAACACAAACGUGGGUAAAUCUGGCCCUCUUAUUCCUGGGGCUGCUUUCCUCUGGCCACCAGGCUCAGCAGGAUCUACCGCAUUGCCUACGGUAUUUUUACGUGGGGGGGCGAAUACACGACUCCACCCGGGGCCAGCGAACCCCUUCGCACCGGGCAGAUACAGGCACCAACUGGCGGAACAAGCCAGACGGUCAGCCAGGCUGGGCUGCCUACUUCCUGGCCCAGGGCUACGAAUGCUACCUGCUCGACCAGCCCUUCCGCGGUCGCAGUCCGCGCCAGUCCUGGAAUGGCGAGGUGGACGCGUACUCGACCGAGCAUUUGCAGCGAUACUUCACGGCCCCGGGGCGAUAUGCGCUGUGGCCCCAGGCCAAGCGGCACACGCAAUGGCCGGGGUCGGGGGUGAUCCACGACCCCAUCUUUGACGCCUAUUUCGCCAGCACGGUACCCUUUGUCAACGAUAGCGUCAUCCAGGAGACCGCCAUGCAAAAAGCCGGUGUCGCACUGCUCGAUCACAUCGGGACCUCCGUGAUUCUCCUGGCGCAUUCGCAGGGCGGCAUCAUGGGCUGGCUGCUCGCCGAUCAACGGCCGGAGCUGGUGCGUAUGAUGGUUUUCCUGGGACCGGGAGGGCCACCGUUUCGCGAUGUCGCCUUUGGCAAUGGAAGUGCUCGUGCGUAUGGCUUGACGAAUAUUCCGAUCGCCUAUUCUCCGGCGGUGGUUGAACUCGCCGUCGACUUGGUGACGACCACUAUCCCUGCCAACCAGCCAGAUGGGGUGGCCUGUCUGAUCCAAGCAGACACUCCGCCCCCGCGACAGCUAGCAAAUUUGUCCAAAUUACCCGUGAUGCUGGUCACCUCGGAGGCGUCGUAUCAUGCGCAGGUACGACGGGUGCACGAGAUGCGUGGUAACGGCCAUAUGAUGUUUCUGGGUGCCAAUAGCGAUAGCAUUGCCGCGCUGAUUCAAAAGAAGAUCGAAAUGAUAGCUGAGGCGGAGACGUCUUAGCUGGCACGUGGAUGGAUUUCAGAAUGCCUUGGAACAUCUUGAUGCCUGCAUGCCUGCAUGCCUUAGUGCCUUGCAACCUGGGGAAAUGGCACCAACUGCUCCCCGCACCGCAAGUCAUCGAGGCCUUGAAACCAUCGAGAUUAUCUUUGACCACCCAGUCAGAUACAAGGCGUAGCUGUGAGUUUGAAAAAGACACAAAACAAC